AUGGAACGAGACAGAACCAAGGAGGAAAAUGUGGAAGCGUGGGGAGGAGAUUUUGAUACACUUGCUGACCCGGAUGAACGACGUGUGCUCUUUGCGGCUCUCGAUUCAUUUAGACAGUACCGAAGGAGCGCGCAUUUAAACAUCACCCAUCGGCGACGUCAGUCAUUCUAUGCUUUACCAUCUGCCCAUUGGCAAAUGCUAGCGAAACCGCCAUUUUCUAUCUUAGACAAUUUCAACCAGGUUGAUGACGCAAUCGACGCCAACGCAGAGAUCGCUGAUGCGAUUUUAUCUUUCGGUCUGGAGGCCUUUGGACUGCCCGCAAACCCGGAUAGCAACGAUGAGCGCAGCAACUGGCAUGAUACGGCCACAGCGUCCGAUAUCAGCAAGGCUCAUUCAACAGUGAAACAGUUUUACCGAGACUGGAGCUCUGAAGGAAUCAUGGAACGGAAUGCCUGCUAUAAGCCGGUGAUGAAUGACCUUGAAGAACUGUUUGGCUCUACACCGCAUAUCAGAGUUCUUGUUCCAGGCGCGGGGCUUGGGCGUCUAGUUUUCGACCUCUGCGUAGCCGGAUAUUGUGCAGAGGGAAAUGAAAUUUCUUACCAUCAACUCCUGGCGAGUAACUGGGUGUUGAACCAUACACGGAAAGCCAAUGAAUAUCCCUUGUAUCCAUUUGCUUUGCAGUUCUCGAAUUUGAAGUCCCGGAAACAGCAGCUAAACAAGGUUAUGAUUCCCGACGCCCAUCCUGGUUCGAUCAUCGCUUCACAAAUGGAGGCUCCAGAUGAAGGAAGAGGGAUGGGAUCGAUGAGUAUGUCUGCUGCGGACUUCGUAGUGAACUAUGCCAGUCCUGCGCAAAAGGACACUUUUCAUGCAGUUGCAACGGUUUUUUUCAUCGACACAGCUCCAAAUCUGGUAAGAUAUAUCGAAGUUGUUUGGAAUUGCCUGGUAUGCGGGGGAUAUUGGAUAAAUGUUGGACCUCUCCUAUGGCACUGGGAAGAUAGGCCUUUCAAAAACGAGUCCUCCAAACAAAUUUCUCCUUCGAUAUCGACUGCAAAGUCGGACAAACAAUCCGAAGGGAUUGGAGAGCCUGGGCAUGUAGAAUUAACAGAGGAGGAAGUCAUUGCACUCAUCCAACAGUUCGGUUUCGAAUUUGUCAAGACAGAUUCCGAGCAGUCCUGGUGUGGCUACGUCCAAGAUCCGGAGAGCAUGUUGCAAAAUUUAUAUAGACCUGCACACUGGGUUGCAAGGAAGAUUGCUGAUUCAUGA